AUGGAAGUUUCAAAAACUCAAAAGAAGUACAAGCACUACACAUGCCUCUGUGUAUCAGUUAUGGGGCAGAGAAGAUUUAGAAUAUCGAUGGGUGCCCUUAUCCCUUCUCCGGAAGCAGGAGAUGCAUCAGUUAUGAUACCAAAAAUGAAGAAAUGCACUGCUAUUUCUGACGAUCCCUCUAAGAGUUUUGUUUCUACAUCAGAGAGAAAUGUAAUUAAUCGAAGUACUUUGAUGUCUGCAUCAAAUUAUGAUUCCAUUAAUGAUGCGAAAAAUGCUGCGUACGAACAGAUGGUUUUAAUGGAAGAUGGUGUUUUAGAUGAAAUGAGCACUUCUACUAUUCACGAUCAAUGCCAGUUUCCAUACUACAGGAGUAGUAAAAACAGAGGCAGAUUUCCAGAUGCAGUUUUGGUAAAGGAUGUUGGUGUAUCGUGUAUGCUUUCAGAUCGGAAUGCCUCUACUGUACAUGUUCCUGACACUAAAACCAUUGUUAAACAGCUUAAGAAAGAAUAUAACGAUAUAUCUAAUAUUACAAACAAAAUCACUAUGUAUACGAAAGACAUCUUAAGGCAUUUGAAAAAUAAAAAUAAAAGAAAACAUCGGUUACUUCAACAUCUGAUAUCUUCGAAACAUGUAAUUGCCUCACAGUAUAUAGAUAAUACAGGGAACCUUUGUUUAAAAUUAAGGCUUUUCAGUAAUGCCGAAACACAAUGUACUCCACAAAAUAUUAAAGAUGUUGACAAUGUAUUCAGAGACAAAUGUGUUACAAAGAAGCAGCGCUGUAAACACUGUAAUUAUCAUAAAUUUAUAAUAAAUUAUUAUUUGAUACAGAAGAAAUGAUCAAAUCAAGUUAUUAGUCUUAUUUAUGUAGCUAAUAGUCGAAAAUCGUGUAAAAAUCAAACCGCAUGUCAGGAAAGUACAAGAUCAAAACUUGAGAAGGAUAUUCAAACAGAAAUUCUAAAAGAAAAUGUGGAAAUAAGUACAACAAAUUCAUCAGCACCCAGCACUUCGUCCAUUUACAAUUAUUUAACAAUGAGAAAAAGGAAAACUCCAAGUGGAAAGUUUAAUCCUGUAUCAACGAAGCUAAAUGACAUACAUAAACAUUGGAAUCAUAAAAAUUGCGGUAGUAAUAAAGAUCAUAAGGAGCAUUUAAAAAGGUGCGAACCAGUGAUAUUUACUAACUGGAAAGAAAUUUCAAAAUCUAAGCAAUCUAAAAUUAAAGCAUCGUCUGUUAUUUCUGAUGAAUCAGAAGAAAUGACAAACACAAAAAAGCCAACAUUGCAGAAAUCACUGCUCAAUUAUGAUAUGAUUAAUAAUGUACCCAAUACCAUGUUCCAUACUAUUAAUAUUCGAAUUGUAGAACAGAGUAAGAAACAUGUAUAA